AUGGAUAUUCUCGAAUUGAUUCACAUCGAAGCCCAAGAUGGUCAAAAUAAGCCUCAUCAAUGCCCCGUCAACAACUGUCUCAAAGCAUUCGGACGUCGCUCAGACUUGGCCAGACAUCUUCGGAUCCAUACAAAUGAAAGGCCAUACGUAUGUCGCGAGGUGGGCUGCGGAAAAAGUUUCAUCCAGCGUUCAGCACUGAAGGUGCAUUUGAGAACCCAUUCUGGUGAACGACCUCACGUGUGCGAAGUGGAACAUUGCCGGAAAAGCUUCAGCGAUAGUAGUUCUUUGGCUCGCCACAGACGCAUUCAUACCGGAAAACGUCCUUAUAAAUGUUGCCACGAAGGAUGCAACAAGAGUUUUGCUCGCAAGACCGUUUUGACUACGCAUCAAAAAGUCGCUCACGGAUCGGUGAUCAAACAAACACUGUUGCAGUGGAAAUCGUUCAAUGAUACCUUGCAGAAACGAGCCUAUGCCUCCAGCCCUCAUCCGGCCACUCCCGUAUCACCUUCAUUAUCUAUUUCCGAUGUCAUGUCCAUUUCUUCCUUGUCUUCUCAGCCAUCCGAUUACGAUCAUCAUCGACAAACAGCCACCGUCUCAUUGAUGACUUCCCACCGAGACGAUCACGAAUUUCCUUGGCAUAUGCGACGUGAUAGUGGAUGUAUCAUGAAAGAUUUGAACGACUGUUACCCUCUAUCACCGGUUUCUUCCAUCGGAAACGACGUUCAACCUUGUUUCACCUUACCGUCCAUCGACGAAAUGAUGCCCAUGAUGGAGCUUCCAUCACCACCUUUAUCUUUGGGUCGAUAG